AAAAAAAAUGGUAAAAGUUCUAAUUCUUGGCGCUGGUUAUGGUACUCGCCUUCAACGUGACCUGAAAAGUUCAGAAGAAUAUAAACAUUUGCUUGGCGUACCUAAAGCUUUGCUACCUUUAGGCGGCCGAGAUGCUCUUAUUACACAUUGGAUCGAGCUUUUUAAAGCUCAUGGCUUCAACAUUCAAAAUGACAUAUACAUUGUCACUAAUGGCCAAUGUUAUGAAUCCUUCAAGACAUGGGCUGUCAAUCACAACAUUCCAUUAGAUCACAUUGCUAAUGAUGGCACACUUGCAAACGAAGAUCGAUUAGGUGCUGUACCUGAUAUUAUGUUUGGUAUCAAUAUGUUUGGCAUUAAUCAAGAAGAUGUCCUCGUUGUUGGUGGUGAUACCUUAUUCUUGCAUGAUUUUAAUCUUCGUCAAUUUUUAUCAACAUUUGAAACUCAUAACGAACAUUGCUUAGUUACUAUUUAUCAGGUGAAUGAUGAACAAGUACAUAAAUUUGGUAUUGUGGAAACAAAUAGCGAGGGUAUGAUAACAAGUUUCUUGGAGAAACCAGAACCUACAGCAACAAAAGCACGCUCUGCCUGUCCUUGCUUUUAUUUGUUUCAUAAAAAGGCGAUACCAUUAAUCCAAGAGUUCAUUACUAUCUGUAAAGAAUCUAAUGCUCCUAAGGAAGCAUAUGAUGCAACUGGUAAAUGUUUAGCUUAUCUUUAUCCUCGUUUCCCAAUCUCCACGUUUCCAAUUUCAGGUCGAAUUGAUGUGGGAGGAUUAGAUUCAUAUAUAGAAGCCGAUAAAUAUUUCAAUAGAAAGCAAUAAUAAACUCUCUCUCUCUCUCUUUCUCUCUUUUUUUCUCUAUCUUUUUAUUUUUUUUUUUAUUUUUAUUUU